AUGGCUCUUUUCCGGAAUGCAAAAGAGCUCCUGGAGAUGGAAGCUACUCAGGCGGUCCUUGGCACUGGAAUACCGGAGAUUGACUUUGUGCUCGGAGGUGAGAAUGGACUAUUGCGCGGCGGCAUCACCGAAUUGGUUGGGAACGCCGGGGCCGGGAAAAGUCAGAUAUGCCAGCAAAUUCUGAGUCACACUCUACGCUCCCGUCACAAGGCCUUCUGCAUUGACACUGAAGGGUCCUUUCGCACCAAUCGUCUUGUGCAAAUGUUAGGAGGCGAUUGCAACAGUUUUCUGCUCAAAAACUUGCUUCAUGAACGUCCUCUGGAUUACGAGGCGUUACUGGCUGCACUUCGAAAUAUUUAUACGGGACUUGAGAGUAAGCGUCUUGCGAUCGAGUUGCUCGUGGUGGACAGUGUUGCGUACGGUGUCAAAGGUCUGAAUAAAGAUGAGUACCGAUUGGCGAUCGAUUCGAUCGGCAGGGAGUUGUGCAAGUUAUCGUCAUUGGGUAUUGCGAUCCUCUUGACGAAUCAUGUUGUCGACGAAAUAGUUGAGGGCACGGACACAUCGUUCGUCCGCGCGGCGCUUCCAGCCUGGUGGGCCCAGCGUGUCACCUGCCGCUUAUGGGUUGAACGAGUUAGCCCCGCCGGAUCACUUCGACGGCUUUCCUUGGUGAAAAGCCCAUGCAGACCACGCAGCUCUGCCGAAUUCAUAAUUCAGAGCGACGGACUCGCUGCCACCGCGGAGCGUAAGAAAGGACGGGAAUUCCAU